GCCGAAGGCCUUUGACUGACAGGCGGCGUGGCACUGCAACCCUGUCGGUUCGCGCGCUCUCCGAGAGCAACACGACGACGAGCUGACGGUGAGCUCUCUACCGAGGCCUGUGUGAGUCCCACGACUCGUACACCACCGCGGUGCUUCGACGGAGAGGGCAGAGUGUGUAGAUAAGGAAGGAGGCAGAGAGAGAGGGAGAGAGAGAGAGGGAGAGAGAGAGAGCGAGAGUAACGGAGCGAUAGUGAGCGGGUGGGAAGGCGAAGGAGCGAGAGGGAGCGAGGCGAGAGACCGAGACCCAUUCAUCUUGGCGCGCCUAGCUCGGCUUCCAUUGGCCCCUGCUGGGUAAGGACGCCCGCUGAUUGGCCACCUCUGUUUACCAGCUGUGCCGGGUUCGGAGAGAGGGGACCGUGAGACAAGCGGCGCCAUUAUUGUAAGGGGUUACAUUUAGUUGGCCGUGGCGUAGUACGCCGGGUUCGGGAUAGGGGGCUAUAGUACCUUCAUGCAUGGCCCAUAAAGGAUUCGUCGACUAUCCGAGAAGAACGCAAGAAACUGCUUCCACCAUCUGACAGGCCACGCUCUCCUUUCGUGCUCUCGGUACUCCGCCAGCUACCCGUCGGCCACGGAUCAACAAUACCUACCGGCGGUCAGCUGGGCUCGUCCGGCGAACUGUAAUCAACGCACAAACGCGAUACGAGGCGUUCGCACGACGAGAUUGUUCCCGAUCUCGCGACAGAGAGACGGGAAGGGAAACGAGAGCGAGCGAGAGAGGGAGAGAUACAGGGGUGUGCAGGUGCGCGCGGGAUUCGGUUUCGAUCGUCGUGCAUGCUACGUUUCGCGCCUGAAGCUUGCGAGAACGGCCGGAGCUGGUCGAGGCUUCGAAGAUCCCGCGGAUCCGCGAAUGACGGAAAUUCAUCUGGUUGUUGUGCGUGGUGUGACAAGUUGCGUUUGUAGAAAGUGCAUGGAGGGUGAAGGUAAAGAUCGCUUAUGGUCCGAGUGAUUGAAUUACACGAAUUGCACCACGACGGAUCGAGUAUCGGGGUGAGUUUCUUGGGCGAGCCGGUGAAGAGCGGACGACACCGGGGCUCGAAGAAUCUCCGUUGGUGAUCAUUGAAAGAGUGAGUAUUAUUUCAUGACGAUUGAGUGAGUUCCGAUUAACAUGUGGCCGCAGAGAGGACGGUGCGACCUCGGGGAAGACGUGCAGUGCUGCGGGUGUUGAGGAACUCGAACGUCCGCUCUUGAGCAGCGAUGAGUUCGAAAUUCAUAAUCGAUAGUAUGCUACCCAAGUACCAUCAGCAAUUUCACCAUCAGCAAUUGUUCAGCUCGACAAACCCAGCGUCGGUCCAGGCCUGCACAGCGAGCCCAGCUUCAUCCAGCCUUGAAUCGAGUCUGUCUGCGGCAGCCGCAGCGGCCGCGGCCGUAAACUACGCACAGCACAACUCACCGUCACCGACGGGCUCGAGUCCUCAGCACUCGGGGAGUUCAGCCUCGACAUCGCCAGCGGCUCGAAGCAGUUCCGCAAUGUAUCCUUACGUCAGCGCGGCCGCUGCCCACCACCACCAUCAGCAGCAGCAGGCCGUCGCGGCCGCCGCUUUUGGGGCCACGUCAUCCAUGGUGCCAGGGUUCGGCUCGUCGGCGGCGUCGAGCGCCGCCUUGGCCGCGGCUGCGGCCGUAGACGCGGCGACGGCCGGCGACAAGUCGUGCAGGUACACGGCUAGCCUGGCCGGAAACGUCGCACCGUCGGCCGGCGACCCCAUGGUCAACUACACCCUCGGGCACCACCACCAGAACGGCGGGACACCCGGAAGUCUGGUAUCCUCGGCCUCCGCAUCGUCCGCGGUUUCCGCAGCCUCCGCUUCCAUGGCGGCUGCGGCCCAGUUCUACCACCAGGCCGCGGCGGCUUCCGCCGUCGUCGAUCCUCUCGCCUCGUGCCAGCAGCCCACCACCGGACAGCCAGGCAUACCGGACAUUCCGCGAUAUCCAUGGAUGUCCAUUACCGAUUGGAUGAGCCCCUUUGACAGAGUCGUGUGUGGUGAGUAUAUAGGCCCGAACGGGUGUCCGCGACGCAGAGGGCGACAGACCUACACGCGGUUCCAGACGCUGGAGCUCGAGAAGGAGUUCCACUUCAACCACUACCUGACGAGGAGGCGGCGGAUCGAGAUCGCGCACGCGCUCUGUCUCACCGAGAGGCAGAUAAAGAUAUGGUUUCAGAAUCGGCGAAUGAAGCUGAAGAAGGAGCUGCGAGCCGUGAAGGAGAUAAACGAACAGGCGAGGCGCGAGCGGGAGGAACAGGACAGGAUGAAGCAGCAGCAGCAGGAGAAGCAGGCGAAAAUGCAGCAGGAACAGCAGAACGCCCUUCAGCAUCAGCAGCACCACGUCACCGGCCUCGACAAGGCCCAGAGCGACCUCCUCAAGGCGGUCAGCAAGGUACCGACAUAGAACGAGAUCGCGACUGAGACACCGAACGCCGCCCCGAGUCUGCAGCGAGAGUUAUUAUCAUUUUAUCGUUUUCACACGUACGACGCACGCGAAUAGCCGCGCUUGCGUCGCGCGUACGUUACACGCGUUACAUUGCGGGGAAUGCCGCGUCUGGCCGACUGCGAGCAUCCAUCAUCCCACAUCAACUGCGGCGACGACGACGGCAACGACUAUAAGACGACGAUUAUGAUAACGAGUGAAACCUUACACCCACAACUACGUACUUACCUGGCCGGUCCCGAAUUACUAACAGCACCGUGCGCGAAAGUAGCGCGCGUGUUUGUCUAUUUGAAGGGCCGCCGGAGCCUGACUGAUAUUCCUUGUAGAAUGUAGAAUUUUGUUGAAAUCGGCAGAGACGCGCGGCGAAUUAUUGAGGAUUGACGAGAAAUCGGGAUCUAGGGAAGAAGAGGAAUAAAAAUAU